AUGGCCGCAACAAAUCAACACGUGAGCAGCGGGCCUGCUACCACUGCGGUCACUUCCAUCCUGCUUGGAAUCGGAGCAAUCCUCGUUGCGUUACGUUGCUAUGUUCGGCUGCUAAUGACAAAGAAUUUUGGCUGGGAUGACGGUAUCAUGGUGUUUACCCUCGGCGUCCUUAUCGCUGGGGAUGUUGUGAUAUUCAAGAUGGUGGCAAUAGGUGCUGGUUACCAUCUUACUGAACUUGCCGACCCAGAGGCUGCAGCUUUGCUGCUUCUCAAAUGGAACAGCGUCUACCAAGCAUUGAACGUUAUCGGGGCAUUCUUUACUAAGCUCUCUAUUGGUAUUUUCCUUUUGCGUCUCAAAAACUCGAAAAACAUUCGGGUUACGAUUUGGAUAUUCUUGACGCCACUUGCAUUGUCCACUCUAGUGGUUGUCUUCACCGUUCUUCUCCAAUGCAUACCUCUCGACGCGCUCUGGACCCCGACUACUGAGGGGCGUUGCAUUUCACAAAACGUGCCGUUGACAGCCUCUUAUGUGCAAUCUGGCUUUGCAAUCUUGGCGGAUUUGUUUUUGACAGCUUCGCCGAUAGCAAUUUUGUGGAAUAUCAAGAUAAGCAGAAGCAAAAAGGUUGGCAUCUGUGGCCUUAUGAGCCUUGGUUUGAUGGCAACAAUUGCCAACGCAUUGCGAAACGCCUAUAUUCCGAAUUUGACUGAAUCUGACUUUACAUAUACGAUCGUGCCUAUCGUGCUCGUUGCCGAUCUCGAGUUCUCUCUCGCUGUCAUUGCUGCUUGUAUACCUACACUUAUGCCUCUAUUUAAGAAGCAGAAAGAUCGUAUGACAUACAGCAAAAUGAGUGGGAAACAAGCCUCGGGGUCUCCAAGCCAGAAUCAUAUUGGGAGCAACAGAGGACCUGCUGCUCACACACAAGACUUCUCAACCGUGACGACUGUUAGUCAAGGGUACCCUUUACAUGAUCUCAAUGACAAUUGCAAUGACAAGGACAAGGCUCGCAUCAUGUUACAACAAAGCUAUACAGUCGAGCGAACCUAA